CAGUAGAGAAAGUGGACAAAAGAUUUUGCCUUCCAUACAGCUCCGUCGAAAAAUUCACCAGAACAGUUCUAAAAUGGCCAAAGCUCGCCGAGGUGCCAGGAAAGCAGUGGUAGCCAAGAAGAAGAGGGCCGCACGCAGGAAGGGAGGAAAAAAGCCCGCCCUUACCAGACAGGCGGUGGUCAAAGCCAUCGCUGCGCUGAAAGACCGCAAGGGAUCAAGCGCCAAAGCGAUCUUGGCCUACCUUACAUCGCAGCCUGGAACGAAAAGCGUUACUGCUCUGCAAUUGAGGCUCGCCUUGGCACGCGGAGUGAAAUCGCAAGCCCUCGUCAAAAGUGGCACUUCGUUUAAACUCAAAGUAAAGAGAUCUCGAUCCCGCUCACGAUCACGCUCACGAUCACGCUCAAGGUCACGCUCCAAGACACGCUCCCGAUCUCGUUCCCGCUCAAAAUCAAAGAGUCCGGGCAGGAAAUCGGUGAAGAAAGUCACCAAGAAGGCCAAAGCAAAAGCGAGCAAAGCAAAAAAGGCCACCAAGAGACGUAAGGCCAGACGUGGCAAAUCUGCGGCCAAGAAGCGCGCUGUAAAGAAAUACUACAAAGGCACUCGUAAGGCAAAGAGAGCCGCGCCCAAGAAGGCACGCAGAGUCCGCAGGAGGCGUCGAUCGGCGCGCAAGUGAACUAUUGACUGUAUAAAGGACUGGGAUUUCGUUCUUUUUCCCUCUGUAGAUACAACAUUGUGACUUUAGAUCUCUAUAACGCUCUUCAAAGAGAACAAAGGACUUGACGCGCUGAAUGAGUUUUAGUAAGCGAAGCUAGCAGGAAUGUUUUUUUACUCGAAAGGAUUGUGACACAGGACGACUUUGAAUAAAACAAAUAAAGCCAAAGAUAUGUUGUCUGUUUUCUAUCAUCAGGGGCUAAUGGCAAUCGAAAGCAAAUAUAAAGUUCCGAGUUUUGGAGGUGAAGGAACUAGGUUUUUAAGACGCGAGAGCAACAAAUCGGUUAAUUCCCAACGACAACAGUAACAAUUACUAGUUAACACGUAAUCAUCUAAUCAAUCAAUCAAUCAAUCAAUCA